GUGAUUGUGACGUCAUCACGUUCUCCUAAUUUUUCCCCCUGCGUGACUGACUUGGAGGGAAGUCAACGUCGUUAAGAAAAAGACAAAAAAGAGGCGAGGAGAUAAAACAAAAAAACACAGAAAAGCUGCCCCAGGAGCAGUGAAUUGUCUUCAUGGCAGUUCGUCGAGGACACAAUAAGUACUUAAAAGAGGUGUAUGAAAUGUCUAACGGUUAUGAAGACCACAUGGUGGGAGGGGAUGAGCCAAAGGAUGCCAAGACCAACCUGAUAGUAAAUUACCUGCCUCAGAGCAUGUCGCAGGAUGAGCUGCGAAGCCUCUUCAGCAGCAUUGGAGAGGUGGAGUCUGCCAAGCUGAUUCGAGACAAAGUCGCAGGCCACAGUUUAGGGUACGGAUUUGUUAACUAUCUUAACCCUAGUGAUGCAGAAAGAGCUAUCAGUACUCUGAAUGGACUAAGGCUACAGUCCAAAACUAUCAAGGUGUCAUAUGCACGGCCAAGCUCAGACACAAUAAAGGAUGCAAACCUGUACAUCAGUGGCCUGCCUAAGAACAUGACUCAAAAGGAUGUGGAGGACAUGUUCUCAUGUUACGGACGUAUCAUUAAUUCUCGUGUCCUUGUAGAUCAGUCUACAGGUACGACAGGAAUGUCUCGUGGAGUGGCUUUUAUCCGCUUUGACAAGCGAUCCGAGGCCGAGGAGGCUGUAAAAAGCCUGAAUGGCCAAAAACCCCCUGGAGUUACUGAGCCCAUCACAGUGAAGUUUGCUGCCAACCCAAACCAGGUGAAGAACACGCAGAUCAUUUCUCAGCUCUACCACAACCAGUCCAGGCGCUUUGGAGGGCCGCUACACCACCAGGCACAGAGAUUCAGGUUUUCCCCAAUGAGUGUUGAUCACAUGGGUGGCAUGGGAAGUGUGGGAGUUCCUGGAAACUCCACCUCUGGCUGGUGCAUCUUCAUCUACAACCUGGGCCAGGAUGCAGACGAGAGCAUACUGUGGCAGAUGUUUGGUCCGUUCGGCGCCGUCACCAACGUCAAGGUGAUCCGAGAUUUCAACACCAACAAGUGCAAAGGCUUUGGCUUCGUUACCAUGACAAACUACGAAGAGGCGGCCAUGGCCAUCGCCAGCCUGAACGGGUACCGGCUUGGAGAUAAGAUACUGCAAGUGUCCUUUAAGACCAGCAAGGGCCACAAGUAGGAGUCGGACAAUGGGGUGUAGAGGAAGGCCGCCGUGCUGUGUCAAGCUUUUGUCGGUGAAAGCCGCAGUGUCUAAAACAUCCGCUGCGGUCUCCUUGUUUCCUCCGUGAAAUGGUAUGGCCGAUCCUCUACGCCUACGUACCCAUCAACGAUGUUUUUCCCCUAUUGUGUACUAAUGCUUUGGGUCUUGAGGGACACAACCUUCAAAAUAGUUUUAACUGGUUGAAAAGGUCUCCCUCAAGACAACUCUUUUUGAACGUGAUCUCAGAAACUACAAUACUAUAUGUCUUGCAUGUUCAGUUGUUAGGAAUAGAUGAAGAAAAAUGAUUCUUGGCCAGAAACAAGGAAUCCAGAAAGUAGAAACUAAACCCUCCACAUUGUUGUGUUUUUUACUGCAAAAUUAGUGUUAAGAGGAAAAAGCUUUUUGUCUGUUUUUCUUUCUUUCUCCUUUUCUCAAAAGACAGUGGUCUGUCCUGGAUCUUCACAUGUAGAAAUAGACGCCUUAUCACCUCGUGAAGAUGAAUGAUUUGAUGCCACCCAGAGAAUAGUACACGAAAGAGCAAAGCACUUUUGAUCUGUAAAUCUGUUUGAAAUGGCUCUAAAUAUCAUGUGGUGAUGUAAAUUGAGGGCGUUUGUUCCCCUCUGACCAACAGUUUUAAAUGUUUGGAGGUUAAUGUUGUUUGCUUUUAUGUCCCUAUGAGGAAGUGUCUUUUUAGAAUAGCGUGACAUUGUUAUGGAGCUAAUGAGAAGAGGGGACAUGAGCAACCAUUGAGAAAGGAAAUGAGAUGGACCAAAGGCAUCUUCUAACCCUACCAUGGUUUCCUCUGACCUCCUUUCAGUUUGGACUAAUUCGGAUUUGUUUUUGAAAAGGUACUGACACUGUAUAUUGUAGAGUUAGAGCAACAUCCUAGUUAUUUGGUUUUGUUGUUCUUUUUUUUCCUUUUCCUUUUUGUUUCUUUUGUUUUGCAAUAGAAGAGUUAAUCUCAGAUUAAAGAGAAUUAAAGGCCUUUGUUCUUUUGCGUUUAGAUUUGCUUCUUUUUCUUUUGUUUUUGAUUGUUUCCCUUUUGAACAUAAAACAUUAAAUUUUAUUUCAUUUUGCUGAGUUUUGUUUGUUUUAUUUGGUUUGAUACUUUUUUUAAUUUUAAUUUUACAUUUUCUUUUAAAUUCUCUCAAAAGCAAAUCUCCAUCUUGGUUCCUGCAAGUAGUGUUGGAUGAGAUGCGGUACUUCCUCUGUGUUGAAGGCAGAGCAGAGUUGGUCAGUGCUGAUGGACCAAAGUAGACGGUGUGAAUACCUGCUCAGUAAAAGCUCUCAACGUUCUGUUACCGUUCUCCCCCAAACAUUUAUUCAUGAUCUUACAUCACUGAAUACAUUCAGAAUAUCACUUAAACCAAUGUUUGGAUCUAGAAAUGGUCAGUUUCUUCCUGCUUCAAGCAAGUAGUUGAAAGUUGAACCUUUAGUGUUGAAUAUUAAUUAAAUGUUUUGCGGUAACAUUGAGAUUAUUUUUUUAUUGUGGCUUAUUUCUGUAUAAGGUUUUAACAUUUUUCAGCCUGUUUCACUGUCGUUGGACAUUAGAUUAAACUGUUGCUUGCAUUAAAAGCAGUGAACUGGCUUUUAAACAGUCCUUUAGCAGUACUUCCGCUAAUGCAUUAGUUUUAUCUGCUCUUCUUGAACCUACCCCUCAGAUUUUGAACAUUAAAAGUGCAUUUUAAUUUAGAAAUUACAUGUUAUUCAUGUCACAAGCCUCUGUGCAAUAUUUCACAACUUGUUAUAAGCAGGUUAUAGAAACGUGUCUUGGUCUGUGUCGUCUCUUGCAGCAUUUAAUAUUUUUACAACUUAUUUUCUACUGACGUGUUAUUGUUUUUUUUUUUAUUUUAUUUUCCAGCAGUUUUGUUUGAACCUUUUAAAGACUAAAGCAUGUUUGUUUUACUAGGCAGGCGACAUAAACUACAGUCUGCCUUAAAUUAUGUGGAUAUAGUGUACAUUUACAGGAGGUGGCUUUAUUUAUUUGAAAGUGUAAUCCAUGAUACUUGAUGAUAUUGGAGUGUUUUUAACGGUUUCCUGGUUUUGAACGCAUUUAAUACCAAGUUAAGUCCAUUAAAUGUCCUAUAACACAGAAUCAUUUCAAUAAAACAUGGUGAAUUUUCAGUAUUGAAAAAAAAAA